UAGAGGUAGAGGUAGAGGUAGAGGUAGAGGUAGAUAGGUAGGUAGGUAGAGACCCCCCUCGGGCUUUUACGGCAUGCAUGUACCCCCCAGGUAACAUUCGACCCCCACUUGCGGUCGGUUGAGUCGAAUGUUAGAGCGCGGUCGGCGACGACCAUCACCGUGGCGUCUUGCCGUCUUGCCUACAGUUGCAGUCGGCGCUUCACUUCGCGAGUACUCACAUUGUGCGCGCGGCGACUACCCCGGCAAAAAUACUCGAUAUUCGUUGCAAUAGAUAAAAUGUAAAUUGUAAAAUCGAUACCCAAAUUUCUCGCGCGGAGAUCGCAAAAAAAAUCAAUAAAGCGAGUAAGACUGAGAAAUCGGCGUUUCGUUGCGGUUAUGGUACGGACCCUCGCAAACACUUACUAGUGAGUUAUUCGAGUACUUGAAUUUCCCCGGGUAAGAUCCAAGACAAAGUGUAUCCGAGAUCUUUACAUCCAAUCACGAGUGGAUCGCGUGAGGAACAGCGAGCGAGCGAGCGACCCUUUGUCGACCGAUCAACGUCCUGACGCUGAUUUCAUCUCGCGAGAUCGCUGAGAACGAGAGCACUUUGCUUUACCAAAUUUGGCAUCUGAUUUGACAUCUGACGUCAGUGAUCAGUAUAACCAGACAGAAAUCAAAGUCAGUGCGAAAAGUAGACAGAAACAGAGGAACGCACAUACCUUUCGUGCCGCGCAAAGAAGGAUACGUUCUUACAUGCGUUAUUACGUCAUCGCGAAUACAAGUCGCGAAACGAUAACGCUUCGAUAAUAGUAUACACGUGCACUACGACAACGUUCAGCAUCAUACGCUGUGACGGCCGACGACGUAUUGUCAUUAUACAGUUCGUCGCACACGUAGCGACAAAUGCACCAUCUUUGCCACGGAUGACGUCUUGCGGGUUUUCGAAAAUGAGUUGGAUCAUCUUACUGGCUUUCGGCGCCGUCUGUCACGGUCUCCCUACUGUGGCUAACGAGUCGGUGGUUGAUACGAGCACGACCGAAGAUACUGGAAACGUUUCAGAAGCAACCACCGUAUCCGAAGUGAAAGGUCAUUCAAUGGAUGAUAUAAUGCCGGGAACGAAACCAUCGCUGAUUUCUGUGCUAUUUGUCGACGUUCCAGAGCAUACGGAAACGGAACUAGGCUCGUCCGUGCUAUUGGCAUGUCGGACUGCUAAUCCUGUGGCCGAGUGCCAAUGGUCCUGGCAGCCUUUGCCACCGGUUCACUUGCCGCUUCCGGACUUGAGUGAAAACCCGCCGGUUUCUACACCCACGGCGAUCUCGACGAUCACUACCACGGCAACUCCUACGACUCGUCCGUUACCAGUACGACAGUUUCCCGCGUUCGGCAAUAAUAGCAAUGAUUGCUCCGUAAGAUUCUCAAGUACCAAGUACGAACAGACAGGAUACUGGACCUGUGCCGCAAGAACGUCUACAAACGAUCCUUUCACCAGCACUAAGCCCGCCAAGCUCAGCAUCGUCAACGCUAAUCACGGUAUUCUCAUCACGUUCGUGAAACAUGAAAACGUCAUUGAAGUGCCAGCAGGAUCUUCGGCACAAAUAAUGUGUCAGACCAAGUCGUCUGUGCGCGAAUGUCAGUGGUCCUGGCGACAGCUGAACCAAUCGCAACCUUGGAACCUCGAUGUAAAAUCGUUCCCAGCUUUCGGUAACAACAGCACAGAAUGUAGUAUCAAGUUCAAGAACGUCCUGCCGGAGCAGGAAGGCUAUUGGACCUGCGGUGCACGAAGCGAUCCGAAUUCCUCAUUCACCCAGUCCACACCUGUUCGAUUCCUCAUAUCGGAAGUUGAAUUCGUGCAGUUGUCGCGAGGCGUGCAAGUUGCAGCUGGUGAAUCGGUCUUUUUACGAUGCUUGGCGAACAAGCCGGUGGUACAAUGCGAAUGGUCGUGGAGAGCGUCAAACUCGAGCAAGGAACCGCUGUUGAUUAAGAAAUUUAUUCCAAACAAGGACGCCGAUCACGAUUGUUCCGUGCGAUUCAAGAAUGUUUUGUACGAAGAGGAAGGACUAUGGACUUGCGGAGUCCGUUUGACGCCUGAUGGGAUCUUGCAUACGGCACCUGCGGCCACUGUCAAUCUUUUGCCUACCGCUAAGAUAAGCUUUGUCCAAGUGCCGAUGGAUACAGCGGUGCCAAUAGGUACGGAGAGUACACUCAAGUGCGUUACCAGUAGCCGUGUGGAAAAAUGCGCCUGGACCUGGAGGUCGCUUCACGGCAGCGAUCCGGAAAUCGUCGUCAAUGAAUUUCCCAGUAACGGUGACCUCGGUCGCGACUGCUCGCUCCAUCUUUCGCACGUGUACGCAGAGAAACAAGGUCACUGGAGUUGCCAAGUAUCCAUUACAUCGCUCAACACUGUUCUGACGUCACCAUCUGCCAAGCUCACGGUUUUUGAGCAAGAGGAAUUAAAGUUCUCGGAGUUGUCACAGGAUAUUCAGAUCUCCUCCGGCGGUAGCGUUCUGCUGCGCUGCGUGACUUCUAUAGCGGUAGAACAAUGCCGUUGGUCACUCACUCCGGUCAACUCCAACACCACCGUAGUUGUGAAGCAAUUUUCGGCAGCUGGAAACGAGGCUCGCGAUUGUAGUGUUCGUUUGAGCCACGCUCUCGCCGAACAAGAGGGGCUCUGGACUUGCGGUGCUAGGAUACACGGUCGACAGAACUAUACGGAUGCACCGCCUGCUAAGUUAAGCCUUCUCGAGCCAGGAUUUGUGGUCUGAGCGAUAUCGCGACAAUCGUUGCAACUAAUUGCGAUCGCGAGUGCACUGAGGCGAGCUGUAGGCGAAUUUUGCAUGUGCGUGUACAUAUGUGUAAACCAUGGAUUCUGACGCACGCACAUCUUUGCGAUCUACGGUAGAUCGCAAAGUUUCACGGCACUAAUAUCGAUUGGACGACUUUGUGCCAUUGAGCGAACUAGGAAACUCAAUGACAAAUUAUUAUAUCAAAUUAAAUUAGUAAGUUAUUAGCGAAUAUGAUCAAUUUAUUUUCUGACGUCAAGAUAUCCAUUCAAAUUACUUAUCACAUAUCGUAUAUAUCGUAUAUGUUAUUUUUAUGUUAACAGCAGAAUGCGUAAAAUUAAAAAAAAGAAAAGACAAUGUCUCUGGAAGUUUUAAUUCCAUACAAUAGAUUGUAGCUUUCAGUACAUUUCUUUUUUAAACGACAUAUCUUUUGUGGUUUUUGUCUAUAGCAAAAAAGAUUGAUAUUAAUAUUCGCGGAGUUGAUUCACGCGACGAUAAUUCAGUUCUCAUUGCGACACAAUUCAAUCGUCCAGUCGAAAGAUAAAAACCGUCUUCAUAACUUAUCAUUCCACGUCUGUGUAUAUUCAAAUAGUGUGGAGGGAAUCCGCAUGAGGGAAUCCGCAAAUUGAUAGCAUGGAAAAGCAUCAGUUAGCAGACCUCGCGCAGCAGGCGAAGGUGAAGGUAUCGAUACUCGUGAAUGUUCCGAAAACUGUCGUGGACGGGAUGACGUGUGACGUGGAUUCGCACCAAGCCGAUAAAACUUCAUGUCAUUAAAUUAGCGGUGGAAGAGCGAGUGCUUGUGAGUGUCUGUGAGUCGUUUGUUGCCUAUUGGCAGCCGCUCUCACAUAUGCUAGAGAAACAAUUGCGAUCGAUUUUAUCGUAUCUGUAGAUGCUGAAUGAGAAUGAUACACAGUUAUCACAUUUCGUCUGUUACAUUCUGUCACUUGUUUUCACAGCACGCAACUCUUGUUGCAAAAAUCGUUGAGCUCAAAUUAGAACGUUUAGCGACUUUUAUAUUCUAUCUCUUAAUCACGUAGUAUUGUGCAUUGAGUAAGAGGUAACAAAAUGAUCAAACGAUUGCCGGCAGAUGCAAAUAUUUAGUUUCAUUGUGAUAUAAUAAAUUUUCAGUUAUUAAAAAAGUCUUGUUUAUUCGAAGAGCAAUUUUAUAUGUAUACUGCGCAUUUUUCAAAUUACAUCAAAUCGAACAAAACACGAUAAGUAAAUGCAUUUUUCUAUUAUGUUGUUCAAAGAAAUGGUAAUCUAAGUACAUUUUUUUAUGUUAUUCAAAAAAUUACAAAAUUAUUAUUUGUGUGCUUGUCAUCAUUUUCUAUUUUAUCACACAACACGCAAUAUUGAUUUUUAACUUAAUUGCAUUGUCAUGUAUUUGCAUUAUACAUUUAUUACCGUUAGAUCGUCCUACCUUAUUACUGAUCGCAUUCGUUAUUGUUUUCCACUGGCGAUUCUCCAAUAAACCUUGAAAUUUAUCGAUUCGUCGUGCGCCGCUUGGCAAAUCACAAAUUAGCAAUUUUGUUAUUCUCGGUGGUUAAGAAGUCGUAUUACACAAGUCGCAAUAAAUUGCGGUUUUUCCCUAGUAAUCUACCCAUGCCAUUAUUAAGCGAUACAUGUAUGUAUGUAUGUAUGUAUGU